AUGCUGUACCGCAACGUCGCUGCCCGCUCUGCGCUCCGGGCUAUCUCGAGCUCCAAUGCCUCGGUCGCUCGCUCCGCUCUUGGCAACAACAUCUUCAAGGCUCAGCUGACCUCCUCCGCCCGUGCCAUCCGCCCGACUACCAAGCCCAGCUUCUCUCUGACUGCUCACAAGCCCGUCACCACUGCCCUGGUCCGCUACGCGUCCUCCUCGGCUAAGGAUGACGAGGAGGUCGACAUGAUGGCGGGCAUGAAGUCCGAGGCUAAAGUCAUCAAGGACACCUUCAGCUUGGCUGAUGUCCCCAAGGAGGCCCUCUACCUGGGUAUGGCUGGUGUCAUUCCUUACCUGGCCACCUCUUUGCAGACCGUUGCCCUCUCCUACGAGAUCAACCGUGCUGCCGUUGCUGGUGAGGGUCUGAUGUUCUCCGGCCAGAGCGCUGAGCUGAUGCUGCACAUGCUGGAGCCCAUCCAGGUCGGCUACGGUGCCGUGAUUCUCUCCUUCCUUGGUGCCGUGCACUGGGGUCUUGAGUGGGCCGGCUACGGCGGCAAGUUCGGCUACAAGCGCUAUGCUGCCGGUGUCAUCGCCCCCGCUGUGGCCUGGCCUACUCUGCUGCUCCCCGUUGAGUACGCUCUGAUCAGCCAGUUCCUUGCCUUCACCUUCCUGUACUACAACGACGCCCGCGCCGCUGCCACCGGCCGUGCUCCUCACUGGUACGGCAUGUACCGCUUUGUGCUGACCUUCGUCGUCGGUGCCUCCAUUGUCGCUACCCUGAUUGGCCGCGAGCAGAUUGCCCAGACCUUGACCACUGAGCACAGUAUUAAGGACAAGAUCAACGCCUUGAUCUUCCUGCAGAAGAAGGAGAAGGAGGAGGUUGAGGCUCGCCGCAAGGCUAUCCUGGCCGAGGAUGAGGAGUAA